CCUUGUACCUGAGCUGAGCACCUCAGCAGCAAACAGCAGCUUUAACAACCAAGUGGAUGCAUCUACUGGACUGUCAUAGAUCUUUAAUUUUCUCUUCUUCUUUUAUACUCCGGACCUUGGAAUGCAUUUCACAUUCUAGCAGCAUACCUCUAGAAGUCAACCAGGCCUUUUUUUCAGUGGAUUGACAUUAAAUAUUGGACUCGGACAUGUUUGGUACAGGGCAACUGGUGUCCUCUCUCCUUCCUGCAGUUUUCCAUUCACCUGCAGCUCAUUUUUUUCCUGCGUUCCCAACCAGACUGGGCUCUCAACCUCAGUUCCUGAUCCCGGGGCCUUUUAUCAGCUACGAAUCCCUGAGGAAUUAUCUGCAUCCAGAGCCAUGCAAGGAAGCUUUGCUCCUGGCCACACAAGCAGUCGGGAUUGGGCCACUCACAGAGAGCAUAGAUGAACAGAGGCCAGUGAAGCAGCGUCGUGCACGGGCCAACUACAGCAGCUGGCAGCUGGAGGAACUGGAGAAAGCGUUCGAGACCACCCAUUACCCGGACAUCUUCAUGAGGGAAGCCCUGGCCCUCAGACUGGAUCUCAUUGAGGCCAGAGUCCAGGUUUGGUUUCAAAACCGCCGUGCAAAAAUGAGGCGGCAACUGAAACUCCAAGGCCAGUCUGCAGGGCCUUAUGUGAAAAGGGACAAUGAUGAAGCAUCUGCAAACGCGAGCAAAAGUUUUAAACACACAGAGAGUUCAGAUGGUGAGCACUGGGAGAAACAACAGGAAGCUGACAGUUACCCACGGACAAAAGCUCCAAGUACUGUGCUGAGUGUACGCAUGCAGCCCACAACCCAGAAGCUGGGGAAGUGGGAGAGGCCGGAGGGGCAGAGCUCAGAGGAGCUCCGCUCUUGCAGCAUUGCCAAGUUGCGGGCCAAAGCCAGGGAGCACGAGGCUGAGAUCCACAGCAAUGUAACCAUGUCAGGAGGCACCACACAAUCACAAACACAGGAAACUGAUGCCACGCACAAUGACUGAUCAUUUUCAUUCUUCCUGUUUGUACAUGAUAAUAAAAAAACAUCGUAGACACUAUUUAUAUAUAGGAACAUACUUUUGGAACU